AUGCCACAGGAAGCAUCCAGCGCAACUGGCAUACUGCGCCAGGCGGCUGAGCAGCCGCCAUCCAGCCAUGCGCUCUUGAUCGUGGCCGCGGCCGUCGUGUUGUGGCUCUGCUGGAGCCAUUCGCGGGGCUCGCACGAGCCCAAGGCGAGCCAGCUGAUGCCCGCCUACGUCCCGCUGGAGAUUGGCCUGAGCACGAUCCUGUUGCAGUGCAAGGGGCUGGUUUCAUACCUGCCCUUUGCCCUGCGCCGUCGAACUGGGUCCCUGUUUGGCAUCACGCGCCGACACCAGAUCCUGUACAACCUGCCCGGAGUCGACAAGCUGUUUGCGACGGGCCACCGCACGCUGGACACGAACCCGUUGGGCCUGAGCAUGGUCCUGCGCGUGUUCGGCGGCCUUGUGCCUCCAGAGCUUCGCCCAAACUUUCCGGCAAUGUGCAAGAAGCUCUCCACCCCCGUGGAGAAGGGCUUUGUAAACGAUGAGGCGGCUACCGCAGCGCUUGCGAGAGCCGACGUCCCUGGCAAGGUGGGCGACCUGCUGUCGUUCUCGGAGGAGCCAGCGUCCCAGCGCCGCUGGGAGCGGGCGGCAAAGAUCACUGUCAUGGCGCAACCUGGCACUGGCCGCUCGGCAGCCGUGGAGCUGGAUCUAGAGAAUCUGUUGCGGGAUCUGGGCGCAUGCAUCUCCAUCCCGCAGCUAUAUGGCCAGGACUUUCUCGACCGCAACCCCACCCUUCUCGACGAUUUCUGGAAGUUUGACAACCAUGCCUUCCCGCUGCUUGUCGCAGGGGCGCCCAAGUGGAUCCCUAUCAAGUCAUUCAAGGAGGGCGUCGCGGCGCGGCACCGCCUUCACCUUGCGCUCGGCGGCUUCUUUCGCCGUCUGGACCAAUUUAUGAACAACGAGUCGGUCGACUUUGAUGCCGACAUGAGCGACGUCAGUGUCGUUGCCAAAGAGAGAAACGCGGCAUUCAAGGAGUUUGGCGUCCCCAUUGAGAAUCGGGGGAAGCUGGAGACGGGCACCUUUUGGGGCCAAAACGCAAACACGCAGCCGUUGGUCUUUUGGUUCAUCCUGUACAUCUAUGCCACACCCGGGCUGCUAGAGGCGCUACGGAGCGAGGUCGAGCCUUGCAUGGCCGUGACCAGAGACGGCGCGAUAACGCAGAUCACGAGAGUAGACAUCUCGGCGCUUGGACGUGAAUGUCCGCUUCUCAAAUCGGCCAUGUUUGAGACGUUCCGGAUGGUGAACGAGCCGACAUCGAUACGAUACGUUGCCCGGGCGCUGCUCGUUCCCGAUGGAGAGCAUCAACAUCAUCUGGAGGCCGGGACUUGGAUCUCGGUCCCCCACGCCGGGAUUCAGCACGAGCCGUCCAUCUUCCCCGAACCGGACAAGUUCAUACCAGACCGGUUCCUCGAGGUGGACGAGCGGAGCGGCAAGACGGUCGCGAGGUACGGCCGAUUGAGGCCCUGGGGUGCUGGCGUCGGCAUCUGCAAGGGGCGCACGUUUGCGGAAAAGGAGAUUCUUCUCAUAGCCUCAUGCUUCAUCACACUGUGGGAUAUGGAGCCCCCAGGUGGCGGACCGUGGCAAGUGCCGGGAUCGGUGCCUGGAACAGGCGUUGCGCGACCCAAUGGAGCUGUGCGUGCCGUGCUCAAGCGACGCUCACAUGCAUCGUGGCGGCCAGACGUGGAAUAA